AUGACGGACAGGGAAGCAAGACCUUCCACGGACGAAGAGCACGCCCCGCUACUACGAAGUAGCGAAUACGACGAUAUACCCAAUGGAACCUCACACCCUAGCUUCGGCGAACGCGUCAACUCCAUCGCACAGGAGCCUCUCACUCCCCUGACCAAGAUCUUGCUCGUGCUCGGCCUUGUUCUCCUUCUCACGAGUUCGAUAUUCAUUGGUCUAUUUGCGGGUGCCCAACACAGGUUGAGCUUGGAGCGGGAGGAGGGAAAGCAUACAACGACAGUAACGAUUACAGCGACAGCGACAGCGACCACAACGUCUAAUUCCGUUUCUAUCACCACCUCGACUGCUAUCUCGACCACUACUCUCGUACCACCGCCUAUUCCAGUUCCAACUACUCUUCCUGAAGAGAAGCCAUGUCUCGAAUCCCACUGUAUUGUCCUCUCCGCUUCGAUCCUGUCUUCUUUGGACCCAUCCCAAGACCCUUGCGAGAACUUCUACAAUUUCGCCAAUGGUGGGUGGCUCAGGGCUCACCCUUUACCCGCCGACAAGAGCAGCUUCGGCAACUUCGAGUUCCUCUCUCAGCAGAAUCAGCAGGUCAUCCAGAGGAUAUUGGAAUCGAACUACUCAGUUGGGUCUGUCGAUGAUCAAAUUCUGACCAAGUUGCGCGACUUCUACACGUCUUGCUUGGAUGAAAGGCGCUUGAACGAGAUUGGAACCACGCCUCUAUUUCACCUCGUGCGCACCGUGAGGAAGUUGUAUAGUGGCAACGAUACAGACAUUACUGGACAGUCAACUUAUGGGAUAGACAAAAAGGUUCAGGGAUUGACGGCCGCGGUCGCAUUUUUGCAUUCUAGAAGGAUUGGGGCGUUGUUCGCAUUUGAAGUCGAAGGUGAUGUCGGCGUCGACCCUAACCACAUGAUUUUAUGGUUCAGUCAGCCAGAACUGGGUCUGCCGUCCAAGGAAUAUUAUGAAGAGAAAUCCACUCGUAAUGUCUACAAGCGAGUGGUCGAGAGGUUGCUCAUCGUCCUUGCCGAUGAAGACGAAGCAGAAUCACGAAAGCGAACCAUCUCUGCCCCAGAAUUCGUCGAUAACGAGGACCCCAACGUGUGGCCUCCAUGGCCCUGGCCGCCUUGGGGAGGUGAUGGCGACGACGACAAACCUACCACGCCGAUAAACCGUACAGAGGAGGCGAAGAAACUGGCGAAGAAAGUUGUCAAAUUCGAGCGCAAGUUGGCGAAAGCAAGCCUUGACCUAGACAUCCUGUACCAGGACCCCAUUGCGACCUACAACCCAGUACCUCUCUCUAACCUCGUUGAUGUUCUUCCAGAAAUCCACUUCCCAACUUAUUUCUCCACGUUCACACCUCGCUCAUUCCCUGAUCGUAUCGUCAUGACCUACCCGCAGUACGCUGCGUCUCUGUCGAAGAUUCUCAAUGAGACCGACUCUAAUGUCAUCGAGGCGUACCUCGUCGUUCGCGCUGCUCUAAACCUGUCUCCGUAUCUUGGGAUGGGUACAGAGGCAUGGCAGGCUCAUCGCACACUUUUGGAGACCCUGACGGGUAUCAAGAAAGGUGCUGUUGGCGAUAGGGCGGAGUAUUGUGUCAAUCAAGUGGAGAAUACGCUCGGGUUUGCUGCUGGCCGAUAUUUCGUCAAUGAGACCUUUGGAGGGGAUUCGAAGGUAAAGGGCACCAAAGUCAUUACAGACAUUGUCGAGGCCUUCAAAGAAUCUCUCAAAGAUAUUGAUUGGAUGGACAAGAAGUCCGCGAAGGCUGCAGCCGAGAAAGCCGACGCCAUUCGCGUGAAGGUCGGAUAUCCCAUCUCGCCUGACACCCGAGACCCUCGUUCGAUUGCGCGGUACUACGGCGCUGUCAAGGUUGACAAGAACGACUUCUUUGGUAACAUAUUGAGCUCAGCGACAAGCGACGAAUUUAAGAAAUGGCUCCAGCUCGGUCGGCGCCGAGAUCUCAACAGUUGGGAGAUGUAUCCGUCGAUGGUUAAUGCUUAUUUCAACCCGCCUUCGAACGAGAUCGUUUUUCCCGCCGGUAUUCUGCAGCCACCGUUCUUUGCCAAAGAAUGGCCCAACUACCUGGCUUAUGGAGCGUUUGGACAAGUUGCAUCUCACGAACUUACGCAUGCUUUCGAUUCCGCCGGCAGGCUCUACAAUCAAGAGGGCAAGCUUGUCCAAUGGUGGACAAACUACACUAGCAACGGGUUCCAGGUCAAGCAGGAUUGCAUUAUCAAACAGUAUUCCGCGUAUACCAUUGACGAUGGUAAAGGCGGCAAGAUUCAUGUCAACGGAAAUUUGACAUCUGGAGAAAACAUUGGCGAUACGGGCCUCAUCCAAGCAUAUCGGGCAUGGAAAACACAGUAUCAUGUCUCAGAGAAGGCUGGAACUGAGUACCUUCUCCCUGGUUUGAAAUUCACGAGGGACCAAUUGUUUUUCAUCUCCUUCGCGAGGAUAUGGGCUCGCGCCAUGAAGCCAGCUGCAGCAGUCCAGCGCAUCCGCACAGAUCCUCAUUCGCCGAGUCGGUAUCGGGUAGAUGGGACAGUCAGCAACAUCCCUGAGUUUGCGAAGGCGUUCAAGUGCUCCAAGAAAGCAAAGGCAAGUCAGAAGUGCUGA